GAUCCAUGGGAAUGCUGUGGGAUCCAUGGGAAUGCCAUGGGAUCCCUGGGAAUGCUGUGGGAUCCCUGGGAAUGCUGUGGGAUCCAUGGGAAUGCCGUGGGAUCCCUGGGAAUGCUGUGGGAUCCCUGGGAAUGCCAUGGGAUCCCUGGGAAUGCCAUGGGAUCCCUGGGAAUGCCGUGGGAUCCCUGGGAAUGCUGUGGGAUCCCUGGGAAUGCCAUGGGAUGCCUGGGAAUGCCAUGGGAUGCCCAGCCUGUUCCCUUCCCUCGCUCUGUCCCUCCAUCCCAGCACCGUCCCAGCCUUUCCUUGUGUUUUCCCCCAGCUCCUGGUUCCCAGAGAGGAUCCUCCCCACCAGGAUUCCCGCUCCUGCUCCCUCAUCCCGGCUUUUCCCGUGCCAAGGAUGCCCAUCCCGCUGCUCAUCCUGGCACUCGGCCUGGCAGGCGCCAUGGAGGUCCAGGUGCCCGAGGAGCCCGUGGUGGCCCUGUUCGGCCAGGACGCCACCCUGCUGUGCUCCUUCUCUCCCGAGGCCAACUUCAGCGUGGCCGAGCUCAGCCUCAUCUGGCAGCUGACGGACACCAAGCGCCUGGUGCACGAGUUCUCCGGGGGCCAGGACCGGCUGCAGGACCAGGGCCAGGGCUACGCCAACCGCACGGCGCUCUUCUACGACCAGCUGCAGCGGGGCAACGUGUCGCUGCUGCUGCGCCGCGUGCGCAUCGCCGACGAGGGCAGCUUCACCUGCUUCGUGCGCGUGCGCGACUACGACAGCGCCGCCGUGGCGCUGCAGGUGGCAGCUCCCUACUCCAAGCCCAGCGUGCACCUGGAGCCCAGCAAGGACCUGAAGCCGGGCGACGUGGCCGAGGUGACGUGCCACGCGUCCCGCGGCUACCCCGAGGCCAGCGUGCUGUGGCAGGACAGCCAGGGUGCCAACCUGACUGCCAACGUCACCACGUGGCAGGUGGCCAACGAGGAGGGGCUCUUCGAGGUGCGCAGCGUCCUGCGCGUGCUGGUGGAGCCCAACGUCACCUACUCGUGCCUGGUGCUCAACGCCGCGCUGCGCCAGCACGGCCACGCCUCGGUCACCAUCACGGGCCAGCCCCUGGCAUUCCCGGCGGUGGCCCUGUGGGUGACAGUGGCCCUGGCCGUGUGCGUGGUGGCCCUGCUGGGCGUCCUGGCCUUCGUGUGCCACCAGAAGAUCCGGGAGAGCUGCCAGGAGGAUGAGGAGCGCACAGGCCCAGAGGAGCGGGAUGAGGAGGGGGAGGAGCCCAAGACAGCUCUGCAGCUGCUGGAAAACACGGAGAGCCGAGAGGGUCGGGAGCAGGAGAUCGAUUGACGGCAGCCCCGGAGCCCCGCCCGCCUGUCCCCGAGCCAGCGGCGACACCCCCGGGGCGGUGACAACCUCGGGGUGGUGACACUUCCAGGCCGGUGACACCCCUGGAGUGGUGACAUCCCGGGGCAGUGGCACCUCUUGGUGGUGACACCCCUGGCAUGGUGACACCUCCAGGCCGGCGACAACUCCGGGGCGGCCACACCCCCGAAGCGGUGACACCUCCAAGCCGGUGACACCCCCGGGCAGCCACGUCCCCGAGGCAGUGACACCCCUGGAGUGGUGACACCUCCAGGCCAGUGACACCCCCUGGGCAGUGACACCCUGAGGCCGGUGACACCUCUGGGUGGUGACACCCCCGGCACAGCGACACCCCCCGGUUGGUGACACCCCCUCUGGGCAGUGACACCCCCGGGGUGGUGACAACCCUGGGGCUGCGACACCCCCGGUCGGUGACACCUCUGGAGCAGUGACAUCCCCGAGGCAGUGACACCCCUGGGUUGGUGACACCUCUGGAGCGGUGACAUCCCCGAGGCAGUGACACCCCUGGGUUGGUGACAACCGUGGGGCAGUGACACCUCCAAGCUGGUGACACAUCUGGGUGGUGACACCCCCGGGCGGUGACACCCUCGGGGUGCCCCGGAGCUGCCGCCUGCCCCACCCCAUUCCCGUUCCCACCUCCCGUCCUUCCUGGGAAAGGCGGGUGAGGAUCUGCCCGGUGUCCCCAUGUCCCUCUGUGCGUCCAUCCCAAGGGGACAUUCCCCUUUCCCUGCUCUGGUGCUGCCCCGGGCGCCUUUCCUGCCCUUCCCAAGCCCGGAGCCUCGGGAAUGGCGGCUGGAUCACGGGGGGCUGGGGGAGCCCUUCCCCACUCUCCUUUUCCCGCCCUUCCUGAGCUCGGAGCCUCGGGAAUGGCGGCUGGGGCACGGGGGGCUGGGGGAGCCCCUUCCCCACUCUCCUUUUCCCGCUCCCUGAGCCCCUCCGGACUCAUCCUGGCCUUAUCCGCUGGAUCCCGGCGGGGUUUGUCCCGCCGGGAACGAUCCCGGGGCGUUUUUGGUAAGGGGGCACCCGCUGGCCGGGUGAGGUCCUGCUGUGAGGACACCUCUGGGGACAUCCCCAGCUCAUCAUUCCCAUGGGGCUGGGGACUCUGGGUUC